CAAAGGGUUAAUUUAAAGCCCCCUCCUCCUCUCUUCUUGCAGUUGGUAAAUGUGUAGAUGUGCUGUGUGAGCCUCACAGAGGUUCUCCUGCUUCUCCAGUCCUCACCUCCAUCCACAUUACAUGAUCAUUGUUCUAGUAACUGGAGAGGGGAUCAGGUCACCUUCACACCCACCCACCCACCUCAGCUCCUUCAAAGGUGGACUCCUUCAGAAUCAGCACCAGGCUUUAUAGUGCUUCCUACUCCUAGGAUUGUCCCUUCUCCUCCAACAUCUCCUGGAAUGUCACUGGCUGGAUAUUACCCUGUGUAACAAGCUCUCUGCCAGCACCUGCCCAUCUCUGCUAUUGCCUUGGAUCACAGACAUUUAAAGAGGACCUCUGAAUCAAGACCUAAAGAAGGAGGAGGACAGCACAGUGAAGACCUCAGAACAGGGUUACAGUAUUUACAAUCUACCAGGGUGGCACCUAGUGCCUGGCAUGGCCGGAGGUAUUUGCGUGACCCUCUUGCUCCUCCUCAGCGUUGUUCCCACAGGGAGCAGAAAGAGCUGGAGAAGACGUGGCCAGCAGCUUGUGCCCAACAGCCGUGAGAGAACUGAAGGGGGUGGGGAGAGUUUCCCAUUGGAUUUCACUGCUGUGGAGGGAAAUAUGGACAACUUUAUGACUCAAAUUAAGAACCUGGCACAGUCUCUGUACCCAUGCUCUGCACAACGUUUAGAUGAGGAGAUGAAAUUACACCUUUUGAACAACCACUCUAUCACCUGCAAUGAUGGGAGUCCAGCUGGUUACUACCUAAAAGAGUCCAAAGGCAGCCGGCGGUGGCUCGUCUUCUUGGAAGGUGGUUGGUACUGCAUUAGCCGUGAGAACUGUGACCUCCGCUAUGACACCAUGAGAAGAUUCAUGAGCUCGAAAGGAUGGCCAGCCACUAAAAAAGCUUCAGGAAUUUUGUCAACUCAGCCCGAGGAGAAUCCACAUUGGUGGAAUGCUAACAUGGUAUUUAUCCCGUACUGUUCCAGUGACGUCUGGAGUGGAGCUUCACCCAAAUCAGAAAAAAGUGACUAUGCUUUCAUGGGUUCACUUAUUAUACAAGAGGUUGUGAAGGAACUUUUGGGGAAAGGGCUGGACACAGCCAAAGUCCUUCUCUUAGCUGGAAGCAGUGCUGGUGGAACAGGCGUUCUUCUAAAUGUAGACCUGGUGGCUGAGCAACUAGAAGAACUGGGUUAUACCGGGAUCCAAGUGCGUGGGCUUUCGGAUUCUGGCUGGUUUCUCGAUAACCAGCAGUAUAGGAGGACUGACUGCACAGAUAUUAUGACAUGUGCCCCUACAGAGGCCAUCCAGAGAGGAAUCAGAUACUGGAAUGGGCUUGUUCCAGAGAGGUGUAAGCAACAGUUCAAAGAAGGUGAAGAGUGGAACUGCUUCUUUGGCUACAAGAUAUACCCAACCCUAAGAAGUCCUGUAUUUGUAGUACAGUGGUUAUUUGAUGAGGCCCAGCUGACGGUGGACAAUGUCCAUUUGAGUGGGCAGCCAGUGCAGGAAAACCAGUGGAACUACAUUCAGAACUUGGGUCGUGAGCUGCGCAGCACCUUGAAGGAUGUUGGGGCCAGCUUCGCUCCUGCUUGUCUGUCUCAUGAAGUCAUCACAAGGAAUCACUGGACAGAAGUGCAGGUCCGUGGGACAUCUCUACCCCGUGCGCUGCAUUGUUGGGAUCGCAGUCUUCAGGAAAACAAUAAGAACAGCAAGACCCCCUUAAAAGGAUGUCCCUACCACUUAAUGGACAGCUGCCCAUGGCCACAGUGUAACCCCACCUGCCCCUCCAUCCGCGACCACUUCACCGGGCAGGAGAUGAGCGUGGUCCAGUUUCUCAUGCAUCUUGGCUUUGAUGUUCAGAAGAUGGCAAGCCAACAAGGCAUGGAGCCAAGUAAACUGCUGGGCGUGCUUAGUAGCUAGUUAAGGGAAGCUCUGCGUAAAAUGGUGGGGGGCUGAUAUUUAUGGGGUAAGGCAUCUGACAAUGAUGAAACGAUGAGGGCAUGAAAGGAUAAGAGGGAGUGACCAGUCAUUGUCAGAUGAGGCUUUGGUCAGUGUAGCUUUAGAGCAGAGCCACUAUCCAACUAUAAAUGGGUGGUCUUAUAAGAGGUCAGACUGCCAUAGACCCCACUGCAGUGUGGGGACAUCAAUGUGCCCUCUUCUAUAGUGACUUGAGUCUGAGACCUAUAGAAGAAGAAUAUUUUUUUAGAUAAUUUUUGUAAGAUAUUUUUUUUAUUUUAUAAAACAAAGCAAACAAACCUCAUUCCCGGGGGAGCCAUGUUAUUUAUUGGAGUUUGUAAAUCCUAUUUAUGAAUGAGGGCAGGAGAGCUGCCCUGUGUACAGCUGUAAAUAGUACCUGCAUGUCCUGU